AUACGAGACUCGGCUGCGAAGUCUGCGAGAGGGAGUCAGUCGUCGCCACUCCACUAAUAGUCCCCCCUCCCGCACUCUCGCCGAGCUGCGCCCGUACCGCUGCUCUCGCAGAGCUGCAGCGUUUUAAUAUCAAUUUCCGCUUUUAGGACAGCUCCGCAGGGACGGAGAUCACUCGAAACACAGGGGGGAAGCAAGUCGGGAGGUCGGGAGAUGAGGUAGUUUAUUGGAUGCGCGGUUGGGAAGAGUUGUGGGAGGCUGUGGUGAGUGAUACGGGGCAGUGGAACGGGAAAGUGAGUAAGAGGGAGUUGCCGAAGGUGGCCGAGGGUAGGCCAUUCUUUUCAUUUUUUGGAUACUCGGGUGUUUGCGAGGGUUUGUGAUGAUUUUUGGGAGGGUUACUCGGUAUUUGCGUUAUUAAUUCGUAUGUUUGAGAUCUAGAGUCGUGAUUGCUGUAAGGAUCAGAUCUGAGGAGGGAGAGAGAGAGAGGGAUAGAGAGAGGGAGAGAGAGAGGGAUAGCGAGAGGGCGGAGGUGCAUAGGUCGUCGAGCAUGAUGUCUGUGAUCGGAAGUGGGAAAGAUGAUGAAGAGUGGCCUUGCACUCUGCAACGAAGAACCUACCAGCUACGCGCCCUCUUGUAGCCGCUUACCGUAUGACUCGUCUCUCUCUGUCUCAGCGGAGUUGAAAGCUUGCGAAGAAGGGGACAUCACACCCAGUAUGUGCUUACUGUGAGGUUGGAAAGGAGGAAUUCUCGUAUAUCGUGGGAGAGAGGGAUCCAGCACGUAACCUUCUGUUUCGAAGUUUCGGGACCCAAAUUGGUUUUCGAAACAGUUCAAGGAAGCAGGAUCUGGCUCUGUGGAGAAGUCAGGAUUUUUUCUCACUUUAAGCUGGUGCUCUCUGGAUUGGACGUCCUUCAGUGGCAGUCUCCUCAUUAAAAAAGUUUGGGCAGCCCGGGAUUCAAUUUCUCGAAUUAGGGUAACAUGGCGGGGGGUAAGAAUAGAGUGCGGUUUAGCAAGCUCUACACUUGGGCGGGAUGUUUCAGGCCACAAUCGCCGCUGGAGCGGCAGCAAUCUAUGUCCGUGGGGGGACCAGGUUUUUCCCGCGUCGUGUUUUGCAACAAAUCGGAGAUGCAUUUGCAGAAACCAUACCGGUACAAGAGCAAUUAUGUGUCCACUACCAAAUACAAUGCUGUAACCUUCCUCCCGAAGGCGCUAUUUGAGCAAUUUCGCCGUGUUGCCAACAUGUACUUUCUUCUUGCAGCCAUCUUGGCCCUUACUCCCGUUUCGCCCUACUCCGCUGCCAGUCUCAUCGCGCCUCUUGUCUUUGUCGUUGGAGUCAGUAUGUGCAAAGAAGCACUCGAAGAUUGGCGUCGGUUUAUACAGGAUAACGAAAUAAACAACAGGAAAGUGAAAAUACACGUGGGAGGAGGAAAGUUCGAAGAGCGUGAAUGGAAGAAAGUGAAGGUGGGAGAUAUUGUGAAGGUUGAAAAAGACAAUUUCUUUCCAGCAGAUCUUCUUAUGCUCUCCUCAAGUUUUCCAGAUGGCGUGUGCUACGUGGAAACCAUGAAUCUGGAUGGUGAGACCAAUUUGAAACUGAAGAAGUCCCUUGAUCGUACUUACGAGCUAGACGGUGAUGAAGAGUUUGAAAAAUUUGAGGGUAAAAUCCGCUGCGAGGAUCCCAAUUCUAGCUUGUACACCUUUGUUGGAAAUUUGGAGUAUGGUGGAGACGUACUGCCACUGGGUCCACAACAAAUUUUGUUGCGAGACUCUAAGCUUCGUAAUACGCCAUUUAUCUAUGGGGUUGUGAUAUUCAGUGGUCAUGAAACGAAGGUUAUGCAGAAUGCCACUGAUCCACCUUCCAAACGGAGUCGAAUUGAGCGGAAAAUGGACAAGAUUAUCUAUCUCCUUUUUCUCGUUCUUUUGUUUAUAUCCGUAGUUGGAUCCAUUGCAUUUGCCGCCAGAACAAAGUUCGACAUGCCAAAUUGGUGGUAUUUGCAGCCUGAUAAUACUACAAUGUAUUACGACCCUAAUCAAGCAGUGCUAUCUGGGUUAUUGCACUUGAUUACAGCUUUGAUCCUCUACGGGUACCUGAUUCCAAUAUCUUUGUAUGUCUCCAUCGAACUUGUGAAGGUCUUGCAGGCCCGGUUUAUCAACAACGAUAUUCAGAUGUACCAUCGGGAUACCGAUCAGCCAGCUCGGGCUCGCACAUCGAAUCUUAACGAGGAACUUGGUCAAAUUGACACCAUUCUUUCUGACAAGACCGGAACACUCACGUGCAACCAAAUGGAGUUUAUCAAAUGUUCAAUUGCAGGUACUGCUUACGGUCGUGGUGUAACAGAAGUGGAAAAGGCAACUGCUCGGAGGCUGGGUAAAGAUCCCCGCCAACUUGAAGACGCUAGUAUCACUGAAGAUAGGGAGAGCAGUAGCAUCGGCGGCGAAGGCUCCGACGUUGAAAUGAGACCCAUGUCGUCGAACUCACAUGUGAAGGGUUACAACUUGAAGGAUGAGAGGCUUCAGGAUGGGAACUGGAUGCAUCAACCAAAUGCAGAGGAAAUACGAAUGUUCCUCAGGAUUCUUGCAGUAUGCCACACUGCAAUUCCUGAAGUGGAUGACGCAACAGGAACUAUAACAUAUGAGGCAGAAUCACCUGAUGAGGCUUCCUUUGUGGUAGCAGCAAGGGAACUUGGAUUUGAAUUUUUGAAACGUAAUCAAAACAGUGUGAUUGUAAAGGAGCCCGGACCCAACGGAGUUCCAAUGGAGCGGGAGUACAAAAUCCUUAAUCUGCUGGAGUUCAACAGCACACGCAAGCGGAUGUCCGUUGUUGUGAAGGAUGAAUCUGGUCAGAUUAUUCUUAUGUGCAAGGGUGCUGAUAGUAUUAUUUAUGAUAGACUAGGAAGGAACGGGAAACAAUAUUGGAAUGCAACCAAAGCUCAUUUGGCGAAAUAUGGUGAUGCUGGGUUGCGUACUUUGGCUAUAUCCUACCGCGUAUUGGAGGAGUCUGAAUAUGAACAAUGGAAUGCAACAUUUACGAAGGCCAAAACUACCAUUGGCUCAGAUCGUGAUGAAUUGCUAGACAAGGCCUCGGAUCUAAUAGAGAGGGAUCUUUUUCUUGUUGGGGCUACGGCUGUCGAGGACAAAUUGCAGCAAGGGGUUCCGGAAUGUAUUGACAGACUUGCGCAGGCGGGCCUUAAGAUCUGGGUCCUAACUGGAGACAAGCAAGAGACUGCUAUUAACAUUGGGUUUGCAUGCAGCUUAUUGCGGCAAGGAAUGCAUCAGAUUAUUGUAGGUCUUGAAACACCUGAAAUGAGGGCUAUUGAGGAAAACGGAGAUAAGAAUCAGAUAGCGAAAGCUGCAAGAGAUAGUAUAACUUCGCAAAUAGAAGCAGGAAAUCAACAGAUAAAGUUGGAUACUGAAGAUGACAAUCCUCAUGCUUUGAUCAUUGAUGGCAAGUCUCUGAUGUAUGCGCUUGAAGACGGUUUAAAGCAGGAGCUGCUCAAGCUUGCAACCCAAUGUGCAUCUGUUAUUUGCUGCCGGGUGUCUCCAAAGCAGAAGGCUAUGAUAACCAAGCUUGUGAAGGAAGGAACAGGGAAAGCAACUCUCGGAAUUGGAGAUGGUGCCAACGAUGUUGGCAUGAUCCAAGAGGCUGAUAUAGGUGUUGGUAUUAGUGGGGUUGAAGGCAUGCAGGCAGUCAUGGCCAGUGAUUUUUCGAUUGCACAGUUUAAGUUUUUAGAGCGUCUGCUCAUCGUACAUGGGCAUUGGUGCUACAAGCGUAUUGCUCUUAUGAUUGUUUACUUCUUCUACAAAAACAUCACAUUCGGUCUUACUCUCUUUUAUUAUGAGGCGUUUACAACCUUUUCUGGGCAAACUGCCUACAAUGAUUGGUAUACUUCACUUUUUAAUGUGUUCUUCACAUCUCUACCGGUAAUCGCUUUGGGCGUGUUUGAACAGGACGUUUCCUCGCGAGUCUGUUUGCAGUUCCCAGCUCUAUAUCAGCAAGGUCCUAAGAAUAUGUUUUUCACGUGGAGCCGUAUUCUGGGAUGGAUGGCCAACGGAGUCUAUAGCUCCGUCGUGGCUUUCUUCUUCACCACGGCAGCAUUCGAGAUCGAAGCCUACAGGAACGACGGGCAGCUUGCAGGGAUUGAGGAACUCGGAGCCGCCAUGUAUACGUGCGUGGUUUGGGUCGUCAAUGUACAAGUUGCAAUGGCAUUGAGCUACUUCACAUGGAUCCAGCAUGUCUUCAUCUGGGGCAGCAUUGCACUGUGGUACCUUUUCGUGGUAGUGUAUGGAAGCAUCAAUCCCACCCUUUCUACCACAGCGUACAAGGUGUUUGUAGAAACACUGGUGAACUCUCCCAUGUACUGGUUCAUCACCAUUCUUGUUCCGAUCGCAUGCGUCCUGCCUUACGCCGUCUAUCAGGGCUACCAGCGCAUGUUCCACCCGAUGGACCACCACUUGAUUCAGGAAAUUCAUUACCUUCAGAAGCACAUCACCGAUCCCGACAUGUACAAGCAGGAAAGGACCAAGGCGGUGCAGAAGACGCACCAAGGAUUUUCAUCUCGAGUUAAGGCGAGCAUGACCAUGCAGGAAACGAAACAGCGAUUCUAUGGAGACGGCCACUUGCAGGGGACUUCCGAGAAGAAUGACUCCCUGCCGAGGCAUGUGGACAGUCUGCUCGAGAGUCCCCUUAUCAACGGGGACAAGGCUCCGCAUAAUAAUUUUGCGUUUAGGGUUUAAUUAUGUAGAGGAAUCUUAGUCGCAAGUCUUCCUUGCUUUCUUUCCCUCAAAACGAGACUUAAAUUUUGUUGUUAAUAUUUCUAUUGCAGCUCAUGAACCCCCUAAACCUAGCUAAGUAAGCCUUGUCCCCAUUGUACAAUAGUUGAAUGAUUCCGCAUUGAUGAGUACCUUAGAUGUAUUGGCAGUGUAUUUUUACACUUAGACUGCCUUGAAUUCCCCAAGUAACCUAAUUCUUUGAAUAAGAAGAGUUGAAUGAUAUUGUGCCCAGCAGUCAGGCUGCUGCCGUAUUGCAAACACCCAA